CGGCAGCAGUGCUCAAAUUACGCGAUUAUGCACUUUGUAUGCACUGUCGCCGAGCUCGGCGAGAGGCCGUGUGAGCAGUCUCAAUACUGCUUCCAGGCGUAACGCACGCCUAAUUAAAUUGUAAUAUAACGUUAACGCCCGCACUGACCAUUUGUUGUUAUGAAUUAUAACUCAAUUCUCUGUUUGAAUGAACAUAUAAAUACAAAUAUAAUCGUUGCGUAAUAUUCGCAUGACAAAUUUGACGAUCCUGCCAGGAUCCGGUUUAAACCAACGAACGCGGCGCGCGUAUCAAACGGCCGGAUCAUAGUGACGAACUUUGGAACAAGGGAUAGAGUGAAAGGCCGCCUUGCGUAGACAAUCAAGGACUGCCUGUAGACCGCUUGAUAAUCAGGGACUUAGUGUAGACCGCCUGAUUCUACGCUGGACAAUUCCCAUGGUGAACUUGUGUAUUUAUUGGAAAGAAAGCAAGUAUUAAAUUCUGCACUCCUUAGAUACAAUAAACUUCGCGUUUAAACCAUCUAAGUGAAGUGAAGUGAGCAUAAGGACACUCAGACUUGAACCGCUCUUAUAUUCUUGCCCCCGGUGCCUGUCAGAGACUCCAGGACAUCGAAGCCUCGUACCGACGGCUACCACGAUCUUCGAGUGUGAUGCUUCACACCUCAAUUUGGCUACUCCUAGCGUGUAGCAGUCUAUCCCUAGCCUACUUCGAUGUCUCAGUUAUCAAUGGGACUUUACUCCAGGAGGAAGUGGGCAAAGCAUAUAUGUACCAGGAAAGAUGGAAGAUAUUCCAAUCCAUUGACGCAAGUGAGUUCACCAAACCAUUACUCGACAUCCACAACAAACUCGGAGGCCUCCAGACGAUACGGGAUACCUAUCUGGACCAUUGGAGCCCUGGUCAGCGAUCCCUCGCCCAGUCCGCCCUGGACGCUUUAGAUUUAGAAUUUGCCCGUGCCUCGUCACACAAGAAUAUUUUGGAAGUCAUUUCAGACUUGGGUGCGCCUAUUUUUCAAAUGACGCGGCGCCCCUCUAAAUUAAGGGAAUCUCAAUCCCACGGAACCAAAACAAGUACUCCGAAAGCGCUCGGGUCGAGCGAUGUUACUUACGAAGCCUCGCGCGAAGUUGAGGCGGUAUUUGGAAAACAUGUUCUUCUGACGGGCCUGGCAAAUGAAAUGUAUCCCCUAAGGAAAUCUUAUCUCACGCCAAACAUCAGACCGAAAAGAGGAAUGUAA